GACGCGCAUUGUGGUCGCCAACGACAAGCUCGCGCAUCGCCCACACCCACGCCCUGCGAAGCUGCGCGAACAGCAACACUCAACAUGACGUCCGUACGCGCUCCAAGCUCGACGCCUGUGCCGACGACGGAGACGGCCGACCCGCCCGCGACCGAUGGCGCACCGUCGACCGUCACGGAGGAGCAAUGGAAGGGCAUGGCGACGGUGCUGGCAAAUGUGUACUCAUACAGGACCGAAGAUGGCUACGACCCCACGAAGCUCUUCCAGCGCAAAGUCAACAAGCGAUCCCUCCCCGACUACUACGAAGUCAUCAAAGAGCCCAUGGCGCUGAGCGAAAUAAAGCGCAAGGUUGCGCAGCAGGAGUACAAGACGUUCGCCGAGUUCGUACGCGACUUUGCCCUCAUCUCUCACAACGCGCAGGUCUACAAUAGGCAGGACUCGCAGGCCUAUGUAGAUGCGCUUGAGGUCAAGAGGGUAUUACAGCAGGAGCUACAGAAGCUAGUCAAUGAGAAGGUUGUCCCCGAGGAGGCCACAGCCCUGCCAUACCUCGGCGAGAUCCCCGAGCAGGACCCGCUACUUCCCGAAGAGGAGGAAGAAGAGGAAGAGGAAGACGACGAAGAAGAGGACGAGGAGCUCGAAGAGGAGGACGAUGAGGAUGAAAGCAAGCGGAGGAAACGGCGUGGGCCUCGAUCGACAGCUGCAAUCACAAAGCGCGAGUCCGGCACGAAGAAAGACGAGGCCAAAGAGGACCCAGAGUCCAGGAAGAAGCGAGGGCGCCCUCCGCGGGUUGACACACCUAUGGAAGCUAGAAUCAAGGCUAUCAUGAAAGCCAUUAGGAAGCCGCGGAAUCAGCAGAACAAGCUCAUGGUUGGCGCCUUCGAACGCGUCCCCGACAAGGCCGUAAUGCCCGAGUACCACGCUGAGAUUAAGAGUCCUAUGGCCAUGGACAUUCUUAAGCGGAAGCUCAAGCGAAAGAAGUACAACUCGGUCGACCACUUCAUGCAGGAUGUUGAGCUGAUGUUUGAGAACGCGAAGCAAUACAACGAGGAAGACAGCCAGAUCUAUAAGGAUGCUGUCCAUCUCCAGAAAGAAGCUCGAAGAGUUGCAAAGAUCGAGAAGGACAAGCCGGACACUGAUUAUGUCAUGGAAGAGGGCCGCAUACCUAUGCCGAAUGGUAUCCUUCACAAUGGCGAGCUGUGGAAGGUCGGAGACUGGGUACACAUACAGAACGCGAAUGACCUUACCAAACCAAUCGUUGCUCAGAUCUACCGGACAUGGCAGGACUCGGAAGGCGCCAAAUGGGUGAACGCCUGCUGGUACUAUCGGCCCGAGCAGACAGUCCAUCGCUUUGACCGGCAUUUCUUGGAGAACGAGGUGGUCAAAACAGGCCAAUAUCGCGAUCAUCCUAUCGACGAGGUCGUAGACCGCUGUUUUGUCAUGUUCGUCACGAGAUAUAACAAGGGCCGACCUCGAGACUUCCCGCCUGACAAGGAGAUUUACGUGUGCGAAGCGCGGUAUAACGAAGAGAACCACAAGCUGAACAAGAUCAAGACCUGGGCGAGCUGCUUGCCAGACGAAGUCCGCGACAAGGACUAUGUAAUGGAUCUAUUCGACGCGCCGCGGAAGCUCAAGAAGGUUCCCAGUCCGAUCGCUUAUCUCCUCAAGGACGAGCAGAAGGAGACGGAUGAUCUACCAAAGCCUGAGUGGGGUGCUGAAAAUGCUCCGCCCAAGAUAGGAGCGGUUCACCGCCGCCCGCGCGAUCCGAAGGACUCUCCACCGCCAGAACCAACUCCAUCCCCUCCUCCACCGCCGCCACCCGCACCAGCCAUGCCUACUCCGACUAUUCCUACGCCACAGGCAAAUGGUUAUCCCGGCGAUGCGCAGAGGAGCUACUCACUCGCGCAAGCACCCACAGCGUCGCCUAUGCCAGCCCCAACGCCUCAACAGCAUCACAUGCAAUCGGCAUACACUCCAACUCAUCCGACACACUACCACACCCACUCACAGUCGCCUGCUCCACACGUCUCUCACCAGCCUGUCGCCCAUGCUCCGAGCUAUCAACCGAUCACCCCGCAUCUACCUUUCUCCACACCGCAACCUUCUGCCGUCGCGCCACAGUACGCCACACCACGAGCUGCACCGGCUUAUCAGCAGCCUCUCAUUCAUCAAGCACCCGUUGGAUACAAAGCACCGCAGCCAGUUGAGGUGUACAUCCUGAGCGAUCAUGCGAAUGCGUCAAUUCCACCGGACAUUCGCGAUCAGUUCCAGCGGGACGAGCAAGGCCGCGUCCUCUUCUUCACCGCCCCGCCUGUCAAUAGCUCCAGAAUCGUACAAAAGGAAGGCAGCUCUCUGGGCCACUCCGCAAAGUACCUCGCAGCUAAGACCAAGCGUGAUGCUGAGAUAAUGAGGAAGCGAAAAGCGGAUGAAGCUCAGGCUGCGGAGCGUGAGGAGGCAGCUAAGAAGGCGCGGAAAGAAGCCGAGGAGAAGCUCAAGAAGGAUAUCGCAGAGGCCCAAGUCAAGGCAAUCCAUGCGCUCGAGGAUCGGCUCACGAUGGCUACGGCAAGGGAUAUUCAGAUGCUCAUGAAUGGUGAAGAGAACAAGGAUGCCGUCAUGAAGAGCCUGGAUCAGCUGGUGGCGGCGCAGAAGGCAAAUAUAGCGAAGAAUCAGGAGCGGUAUGCGAGGGCACAGCAGCAGAAGAAUGGAUGGAUACCGGUCACAGGCAUGACGGCGAUGUUGGAAGAAAAGAUCUGAGCGAUGUCUUUGCAUAGUGUACUGUAGGAUUGCGUCUUCCACGUUAAGGUCUUCGGAGAUGGAUAUUGUCGUAGGCAUGAGCGUCCGGCAAGGGAAACCUUGGAAUUUCGCACUCUCUUCAGAUCCACAAGCAGAAGGUACAGGCCACCAAAUGCGAAUACGAUUAUCUGCGACCCAAUCUUGAUCACUCAGAAAGCCGAUGAUGAACCUCGGCAGCUAUCCCAGCU